GACCCCGAGAAACUGGACGACUUCAUUAAAAAGAACUUGGAGCCAAGCGGAUUUAAUGUCGAGGUGAGAGAGGCCAUGAACAGGAUCUGCGAGUUUUUAAAAAAUCAGUGUUUCACCAAACAACCCGACGUUAAAGUGAUCAAAGCCGUUAAGGGUGGAUCAUCAGGAAAAGGAACAGCUUUAAAAAAUAGCUCAGAUGCAGAUCUCGUCGUCUUUCUCAGUUGCUUCAAAAGUUUCCAGCACCAGAGAGACACCAGGCAUGAAAUUCUUGAGGGAAUUCGGGCAAUGUUGGAUAAAUAUUCUCAAAGCCUUGCAUAUCAAGUCGAUAAUAUCAAUAUCAACAUCAUAAAGCAAAGUACCACAUCGCCAAAAUCUCUGAGUUUUGAGCUGCAAUCAAAGAAGAGUUCAGAGACCGUGUCCUUUGAUGUUCUGCCAACCUAUGAUGCAUUAACACCACAGUGUGAUAGAAGCAAAGCACAUCUCGAACUAACCCAAUUUGCAAACGAGAACGAGAUGACAGAUGGAGAAUUUUCUGCUUGUUUUACGGAACUUCAGAGAUCAUUUGUGAAGCGGCAAUUUCCAAAGGUUAAAGACUUGAUUCGCCUGCUGAAAUAUUGGUACAAGGAGUAUGUCAAACCACGGAAAUCAGAGCUGAGAAAUGGAGCACGACUGCCUGCAAAGUAUGCCUUAGAGUUAUUGACCAUUUAUGCCUGGGAGGAAGGUAAUCAUCAAGAGAGAUUUGACACGGCUGAAGGGUUCCGCACAGUCUUGGAACUGAUCUGCAGAUAUCAGGAUCUAUGUAUCUACUGGACUAACUACUAUGAUGUCAAUAAUGCAGUUCUUGCAGAGUUCAUAAUCAAGAAACUCAGCAACAGAAGACCGAUCAUUCUUGAUCCAGCUGAUCCAACUGGAAACGUGGCUUCAUCAGAUGGUUGGAAUGUGAUGAAAGAUGAGGCCAGGAAAUGGCUAAGCAUGCCUUGUGUCUCUAAUGUUGAGGCAUGGGAUGUCCAGUCAGUGAAGACAUUCCGAGUCACGGUGACGGCCCUGAAUGGUAAUUCGUUACAGCAAAAUGCCAGCAUUUACAACAAGGUCUCUGAGAUCAAACGUGGCAUCCAGGAAGAGUGGAACAUCCCAGCUCUUCAGCAAUGCCUGCAAUUCAAAGACACCAUUCUGGAUGAUAGGAUCACCUUGCUGGUUGCCAAGAUCUUCUUUGAUGCAGAAAUCCAGCUGCUCACCCUGAGUGUAAUGGAGAUAUUUGUCGGGAUAGACGGGCGUAACCGGACGAUCCAGGUUUUGCCAAGUGACAAGGUUUCAAGUUUAAAAGCUAAAAUUGAAUCCCUGGAGCGAAUCCGGCGAAGCCAGUACUACUUAACCUUUCAAUCAACGCCGCUUGAAGAUGAACGUACACUGCAAUCUUACGGCAUUACGCAAUAUUCUACCAUCCUUGUCAACCUGAGAGUGCGUGAACGCAUGGAGGAGGCCUACGAGCGGAAAAGAGCCAAGUAUGAGGAUCUGAAGAACAGCUGCCAAAGAAGAGGCUGGAGAGCAAAGUGCUGGCCCGCGGAGGUCGGGGGUCGUGGCUUUGCCGGCCAGUCACGCUCAAAAGGUAAGACCACAGUCCUGAGGAAGAACAUACGCUCAGCGACAAUGGAGCUGUACUACACAGAGCCCAGGAGACUGGAUGACUUCAUCAAAAGAAACUUGGAGCCAGUCGGAUUUAAUGCUGAGGUGAAGCAGGCUGUGCACAGAAUCUGUGAGUUUUUAAAGAAUCGAUGUUUUAUGUCUCAACCCAGCAUUAAAGUGAUCAGAGCUGUUAAGGGUGGGUCAUCAGGGAAAGGCACAGCCGUAAAAAUGAGCUCAGAUGCAGAUCUUGUCAUCUUCCUCAGUUGCUUCAAAAGUUUCCAGGACCAGAGAGACACCAGGCUUGAAAUUCUCGAGGGAAUUCAGCAAAUGCUGGAAGAAUGCUCCAGAAGCCUUGCGUAUGAGAUCCGUGAUAUUACUAUCACCUCAACAAAGCAAAGCAGCAUCCCACCAAAAUCUCUGAGCUUUAAUUUGAAAUCAAAGAAGUCUUCAGAGAGUGUGUCAUUUGAUGUUCUGCCGACCUAUGAUGCAUUAAAGGGACUGUACAAUCCGAAUGAAGCACAUUGUGAAUUGAUCAGAUUUCUAAGCAGAAACAGAAGCACAGAUGGUGAAUUUUCUCCCUGCUUUACGGAACUUCAGAGAGCGUUUGUGAAGAAGUAUACUUCAAAAGUCAAAGAUUUGAUCCGCCUGAUGAAGUAUUGGUACAUACUGUAUGUGAAGCCACGGAAGUCAGAGUUGAGAGCUGGAGCACGACUGCCACCAAAAUAUGCCCUAGAGUUAUUGACUAUCCAUGCCUGGGAACAAGGUAAUCGCAAGGAGAGUUUUGACACGGCUGAAGGGUUCCGCACUGUCCUGGAAUUGAUCUGCAGAUAUCGGGAACUCUGCAUCUACUGGACCGACUACUACGAUGUUACUAACGGAUCCUUGGCAGAAUUUUUAAACAAUAAACUCCGUGAGAGGAGACCAAUAAUUCUUGACCCUGCUAAUCCAACUGGAAACGUGGCUUCAUCAGAUGGCUGGGACGUGAUGGAAAAUGAAGCCAGGAAGUGCCUAAGAAUGCCUUGUGUCUCUAGUGUCAGGGCAUGGAAUGUCCAGCCGGUGAAGAAGUUUACCAUCACAGUGACUGCGCUGGAUGGCAGAUCACUACGACUGCACCUCAUCGUUCAUGCCAGAAUCUCCGAGAUCAAACGCAGUGUCGAGGAAGAGUGGACGAUUCCAGCUCCCCUGCAACGCCUGGUUUACCGUGGCACCAUUAUGAAUGAGGACAAAACCUUGUUGGAUUCCAACAUCUUCUUUGAAACAGAGAUUCAGCUAAUCAGGCUAAUGGAAAUAAUUGUCCAGUUACCUGAGGGGAACAGGGCAGUCAAAGUUUCACAAAUAGACAAGGUUUCAAAUUUAAAAGAGCAAAUUCAAUCUCAGACGUCAUUCCAGACAAGACAAUACUACUUAACCUUUCAAUCACAGGCACUUGAGGAUGGACGUACACUACAAUCUUAUGGCAUUGAGCAUAAUUCUAUCAUCACUGUUAACCUGCGGCUGCUCGGUGGACAUUUCUGCGGCCUUGGCUGGCUCGAGUUUGGCCUCUUCUAUUGCGUGGUUGAAAGCCCGCUGGUUUCCUUGGCUGCGCGUCGGUCGCACGGUGCCGGACUCGGGAAAUCCAGGCCAGCUCGAAACAUGGAUUUGUAUGGAACACCUCCUCGUAAACUGGAUACAUUUAUUUACACAUUUCUUCAACCUGAUGAACAAUUUCUGACGCAAGCUGGUGAGACUGUGGACAGGAUCUGUUCUUUCUUAAAGCAACAGUGCAACACCAUUAAGAUCAGUAAGACUGUGAAGGGUGGCUCCCUUGGAAAAGGAACAGCUUUGAAGAAUGGCUCAGAUGCAGAUCUGGUUAUCUUUCUCAACCAUUUCAGAUGUUUUGAAGACCAGAAGAGAAACCGGGCUGAAAAUUUGACAAUAAUUCGUGAGAAGCUGGAGGCAUGUAGGGAUUUCAUUGGACAUGACAUCAUCAUGUCAGAGUCCAAAAUAAUUCCCUCUCAUUCUUCUCCUCGUUCGCUGAGCUUCCAGUUGAGACUCACAGAACACUUUGAUUAUGUUGAGGUUGAUGUUCUCCCUGCAUUUGAUGCUUUAGGUCAGCUAACACGGUCACACCCAAACCCUCGGGUGUAUGAAGACCUGAUUAAAACUGGAGAGCCUGGUGGAGAAUUCUCAACUUGUUUCACUGAACUUCAAAGGAACUUUGUAAAACGUUGUCCUACGAAACUUAAAAGCCUGAUCCGACUUGUGAAGCACUGGUAUAUUGAGUAUGUCCGUCGCCCGUACAAACCCACUCUGCAAAGAGGAGAGUAUCUCCCACCAAAGUAUGCUCUGGAGCUGCUGGUCAUCUAUGCAUGGGAAAGUGCCGAGAAGGGUGAGAAUUUCAACACUGCAGAAGGAUUUUGCACAGUUCUGAAACUGAUUGUCCAAUACCAGUACUUGUGGGUGUUUUGGAGAGAAAACUAUGACUUUGACUCUGGCAUACUUGGCAAGUUCCUGAAGAAUAAACUUAAAGAAGAAAGGCCAAUGAUUCUCGACCCUGCUGAUCCAACAGGCAACGUUGCCAGAAAUGCGAGAUGGGAUAUAGUUGCAGAGGUUGCUGAAGAAAGUUUAGAGCAAAGCUGUGUGCAAGGCGUCAGCUCCUGGGAUGUUCAGCCUGUGAAGCAUAUUUCAAUUUCAGUGACGUCUGUGAUCGAUUCGUUGCCUGUCAACCCCUUCUGCUCUGUUAGACGCAUUAAGCAAAUGAUUGAGGGCCUGACUGGAAUAUCAAUGUCCAACUAUGACCUGGAAUGGAAUGGCCAGAUGCUGCAGGAUGCAUGGACACUGUCUGAUUGCGGGAUUUUCUAUGAUGUUAAUUUCUCACUGAAGGAGAAACCCUCUUGGUGCACCCUGCUGUAACAAAAAAUUGUCCAAGGAUUCAAGAUGAGCAUGGAAGCAGACGUGAAAAUGUCGACCAAACACAACAAAUCACUGUGGAUGUUUCUGUGUGCAGUGUAAUCCCGAACAGUGCCUGAGUGACCUAAACUUACACCUGGGUUAUCCAAAAAACUGAUCUUUGGUGUCAAAUGGAUUAUUCAAAUUUCUAUAAUAGGUCAAUAAUAGUUCAAAAGUUCCAUUUAAUAUCAGAGAAUGUAGACAAUACACAACCUGAAAUUCUUACUCUUCGCAGACAUCUUCGAAGCAGAAGAAAGCCCCAAAGAAUGAACGUAAGAACCCCAAAACCCUCAGCCCCCUCCCCCUCCCACGCACAAGUAGUAACAAAAGUAUCAACCCUCCCCCUCUCCCUCCCUCCUACUUAUCCUAGCAUAAAGCAUCAACGUUCCCACCACCCACCAUGUAAGCAACAGUAAAGCCCCACAAAGAGAGACCAUGGUCUACAGUCCGUCAAAAUCUAACUGUUCACCUCCAGCAUUUCAACAUCCCACAGGAUCUCUCUCUCACUAACAAGGGAGAGACAGAUAUCACUCGUUCCACAGUGACAGGGGAGUCUCUCUCUGUCUCUCUCACUAACAAGGGAGAGACAGAUAUCACUCGUUCCACAGUGACAGGGGAGUCUCUCUCUCUCUCACUAACAAGGGAGAGACAGAUAUCACUCGUUCCACAGUGACAGGGGAGUCUCUCUCUCUCUCUCUCUCUCUCUCUCUCUCUCACUAACAAGGGAGAGACAGAUAUCACUCGUUCCACAGUGACAGGGGAGUCUCUCUCUCUCUCACUAACAAGGGAGAGACAGAUAUCACUCGUUCCACAGUGACAGGGGAGUCUCUCUCUCUCUCUCUCUCUCUCUCUCUCUCUCUCUCACUAACAAGGGAGAGACAGAUAUCACUCGUUCCACAGUGACAGGGGAGUCUCUCUCUCUCUCUCUCUCUCUCUCUCUCUCUCUCACUAACAAGGGAGAGACAGAUAUCACUCGUUCCACAGUGACAGGGGAUUCUCUCUCUCUUUCUCUCUCUCACACUAACAAGGGAGAGACAGAUAUCACUCGUUCCACAGUGACAGGGGAGUCUCACUCUCUCUCACUAACAAGGGAGAGACAGAUAUCACUCGUUCCACAGUGACAGGGGAGUCUCUCUCUCUCUCUCACUAACAAGGGAGAGACAGAUAUCACUCGUUCCACAGUGACAGGGGAGUCUCUCUCUCUCUCUCACUAACAAGGGAGAGACAGAUAUCACUCGUUCCACAGUGACAGGGGAGUCUCUCUCUCUCUCUCACUAACAAGGGAGAGACAGAUAUCACUCGUUCCACAGUGACAGGGGAGUCUCUCUCUCUCUCUCACUAACAAGGGAGAGACAGAUAUCACUCGUUCCACAGGGACAGGGGAGUCUCUCUCUCUCUCUCUCUCACUAACAAGGGAGAGACAGAUAUCACUCGUUCCACAGUGACAGGGGAGACAAACAGCUGCUGUUUUGACAUUACAGUUAAUCUGAAGCAUUGCUUUUUGUUUCAAGUUCCCCAACUCGAGGAUCGGAGGCAGACUUUCCCUCACCAUUGUGUGAGAGAGAGAGAGAGGGAGGGAGAAAGAGAAAGAAAGAGAGUGAUCAAUCCCCAAUGAAACACCCUUUGACAACCACUCUCGCUGUCUUCGAAGCCUUGUCUCCCGCUACACUUCAGUUUGUGACACCGACGAGAAUUUGUGUCCACAAGAAUCCGUAGAGGUUUGCCCGAAGCAGAGAGGAUUCCGGGAGACUUGGUAAAGAUGUGGAAUUCUGAUAAGGGUGAAACUGUAUUGGGGGAGGCUGGUAAUCAGAAAAAUGGACCUUUUGGACACUGCUGCCUUGCACAUGUAUUGGAGGGGAAAUAUUUCAAAUUCAAAGAUUCAAAGUACAUUUAUGAUCAAAGUAUGUAUGAAGUAUACAACCCUGAGUUUCAUCUUCCCCACAGUCAGCUGCAAAACAAAGAAAACCAUGGGACCCAUUCAAAGAAAAACGCCAAAACUCUCCCCAUGCACAAAGAAAACAAAUCGUGCGAACGGUAACAAAAAAAAAGCAAAAAACACACACAGAAUAUCUGCAGACUGCCCUGAUUCAAAAUCACCAAAAUAGCAACAAAAAAGGUGACCAUAAACAAGAAACACAUCAUUUAAAGUCUUAAGAAAUAAUUGAUUAAACAGGGAUAUCUAGUUAAUAAUGUCAUAUGGGCAACCAGUCUACAGACAUAGCUUCAGCAUAAUGGGCCUAAUGCCUUCUUUAUAAUCUUAUUUGUAAGCUUUAAUUUUGCCAAAACAAAGAACAAAAGGUUUUUUUGUACUAUAUUAAACUGUGUUGUGGUAAAUGUAGUGGUAGUUAAUAAUGUUAUUCCAGUGCCACUCAGUUAGUCACUCCCACAUGGGAGGAGUUCACAUUCUGUGCAAACAGGGUUGUCAAUAAAGUUCAGUUGAAUAGCCUGCAGGCUGACUGCCUGGCGUGUGCUCUGCACCAUCCCUCAGUAUCAAACACAACUGAGAGACUCCUGGACAGGUACAUGGAGCUCAGAAAAAUAGAGGGCUAUGGGUAACUCUAAGUAAUUUCUAAGGUAAGGACAUGUGCGGCACAUCUUUGUGGGCCGAAGGGCCUGUAUUGUACUGUAGGUUUUCUAUGUUUCUAUGCUUCUACAACAGUGAAUAAACUUGAC